UGUACGUCAUUUUAACAAUACUGCGAUAAUACUGAUAGUUUUGGUCACUGUAGUUUUAUGUGUGUUCCUGUACUUCUAUAUUUGUGAGGACCAUUGUGAGCAUAGACCUACAGAGUGAGGACAUUUUGUGAGGACACACUUUGUCAAUGGACUGUUUGGGGGUUUAGGUUCGGGAUGUAUUACGUGAAUGAGUGUCAAGGUAUUUGCCUGUAACCCCCUCCCCAUAAAAACACAACACAGAUGUGUGGAUGUAAAAUACAGAAUAAAUUCGAUACAGUAAAAACUAGUGCCAUUAGAGUUUAGUGCUUAAAGAUAUACUGAAAUACAAAAUACAAUAAAAGUGGUAUUUAUUUAUUUAUUUUAUCAAGGGCUCACUUAGAUACAAGUGUGUGGUGUACGUGUUUGUGUGUGUGUGUUGUGUGUUGUGUGGUGUGUGUUGUGUGUUGUGUAGCUGUCAGCUUGGACCAAAGAGGCGGAGGCAGAGGGGGAGGAAGGGGAGAGGAAGACGGGAAUCCGGUGCUUCAGGUCGGUUUGAUUCCCGCUGCGAUGCCUGGACGCUGCUGCUCGGAAAUGCUCCCCGGGUCCCCGGAGCGCAGGAGGCGGAUUCAGCCGGCGGAUGGGCCGCAGCACCGGCGGGGAUCUGGCUGCUGAUCCGCGGCUCGGCUCCACGGAACGGAGGGAUCCGGGAUCCGGGAUCUGGGAUCCGGGAUCUGCAUCACGUCUCGCAGUGCUGGAGGACACUGUGCGCGGCGGUCGGGGGCAUCUAUGCAAUUUAAUUCCGACACUUGAGUUGAUUAUGAGCACCGAGGAGGGAGAGGCGAGGGGGGGCACCGCCAUCACCCACCGCCACACCUGGGAGGAAGAACCGCGCGCCCCCCGAGGACGUCCGCAUGCCGGGGACGAGGACCAGGCGGAGCCGGGAGAGGAGCGAGAGGAGCGGGACGAAGGGGAGGACCGUCGGGAGGACCGGGGCUGCGGGGACACGUUUGGGGGCGACCCGCAGGAAUCCAACCGGGGGGAUUUUUCCAGCGAGGAUGGGGCUGUGGGGGGGGCAGCGUGCAAGACGCAGGCGAUGCAUUCGAACUGCAGCAGUGAGACGUGCAUCCCGACUCCCAGCUGCCGCAUCUGCUUCCAAGGCGCAGAGCAGGGCGACUUGUUGAACCCGUGCCGGUGCGACGGCUCAGUGCGUUACACACACCAGCACUGCCUGCUGAAGUGGAUCAGCGAGCGGGGCUGCUGGACCUGCGAGCUCUGCUGCUAUCGCUUCCACGUCAUCGCCAUCAACAUGAAGAGGCCGUGGCAGUGGCAGUCCAUCACCAUCACCCUGGUGGAGAAGGUGCAGAUCAUUGCCGUGUUCCUGGGUUCCCUCUUUUUGGUGGCCAGCAUCUCCUGGCUGCUGUGGUCGGCUCUCAGCCCGCAGGCCAUCUGGCAGCGCCGCGACGUCCUCUUCCAGAUCUGCUACGGCAUGUACGGCUUCAUGGACCUGGUCUGCGUAGGCUUGAUUGUCCAUGAGGGGGCAGCAGUGUACAACGUCUUCAUGCGCUGGCGAGCCGUAAACCUCCACUGGGACGUCCAGGGUUACGAUAAGGCAAAGGACAUGGAGGAGAUGAGCACGGGUCAUUCCUCAUUGGCCCCCAGGACGCUUUGGUUGCCCCUGGCCACCUUUGGGCCCAAUGGCCCCUUACACUCCACCCAGCUGGGGCCACAGCCGUGGACCUGCCUCUGUUGGGCCCCAUGCUGUCCCGGCCUCGUGCCCCGAAACAACCUCAGCCAGGACGGUGACUCAGGAGAGGUCGUCAUCCGUGUCACAUCGGUGUAACGCCAGGCGGAAUUUAUGCAGGAACAAAACAUCUGAUGGUUCUCACUUGGUCGUAACAAUCUGAGCUUUGCUGGGAUGUAUUUCCCAGAUUCUUUGUGUUACUACAUGAAGUAUUAAAACAGUUUGCUCAGGGGCCGGUCCUCAAAACUAUCUCAACAGUUAAAUGAACCCACAUGUGGUUUAAUCCUUGGUAAAAAUAACACUCCUGGUUAUUGCAUGAACCGCACAUAGGAAAGACGGUGGUGAAGGGGUUGCGGACCUGUCAAUCCCAUCUGAUGACGGUGCAGCCACGUGAGAGUUAAUGAAUACUGUGCACGGUCAACGUAGCACUACAUCCCCUUAAAUUAACUUUUAGGUAAUUGGAAUUUGGUUGAUUCAUAGCAUCCAAUGCUUAUUUACGUGUUGUUGGGAUGAACAGAGCGUUAAGGCUGAUGUGUGCUCAGAAAAACAUCUUUAAGUAUCUUUGAAUAUUCUGGCAGCUCUUUAUUUUACAGGACCUGUUUUUCCUGCAAUUACAAUAGAAAGGAAUUGAUCCAACUGUGAUCUAAUUGGACGAUUUCUUCAAAGAUUUGUAAUCUGGCACCAUGGAGAAAAUGGCGACCAAUUUCCAACAGUUUGAUCUAAAUGUAAGGCUGUGUUCACUUCGUACAUCUGUUCGUAAAUGCAACGCUAACUCAGAACUUAGGCUCUGUUCUCUUUGUAAUCGUUUUGAGAUCAUUUGCAGCACAGGAGCAGGAUCGAAGUCUGAAACAUUCCAGUAAAGAUGUAACACUCAUCAGGAAAUAGCGACGCCAGGACCCUUAAUCAGUCCAACCAGACUCUAGGUUCGAUUUGUGAAGAUUUCCUCUCGGCCGUUUAACAACCAUAGAUCCUAAAUAAAGAUGGACGACGCGUCUCCAGAAAUGAAGCUGAAAUAUCCCUGAUGGAAACGCUGCCAUCUUGUGUUUUUUGACGAGCCAACGAUCGGGGGGGUGGAGCAGCGAUAUGGAGGUCCCGUUGAUGCACGCGCUCAACCAUACGCGAGGCAGUCUCAGCUGUCAAUCAUGGUGUUUUACCCCGUUUUAAUAUCAUCAAAUAACUAAUUAAGACCCAACGUGAACACUUGAAAAUACAUCAAUGUGAUAAUCUUUGAGAAACGUGUGACUUUUUAGUUUGGUCCAUGUGCCGUCUUCUAACAUGGAGGACACAAGGUGUAUGAUACACUAUAGCCACCAGGGGGCUGUCAUGUCCUCCAUUUUGUUUACAGUCUGUGGUCAGAAGCCAAACUCACAGGAAAUUGUCAUAUUUAGUUGGUUUACAUUAAAAUGUUAAAUCUUUGUAGAAACCCGACGAGAACCUUCUGUCACAGGAUCGUCCUUCGUUUGAAUCAUUCAGAAGAACCCAGUGUUUCCCGUCCAGCCUUUGACCAACGAGCCUUCAGGAUUCAGUGAAUGAGGCAGAUUGAGCACAACAGAAACCCCUGAUGUCAGAAGGAGGAUUUAUUUCUUAUCUCUCACCGUCUCUGUUUGCUGGCGUGUCAACAACAGUCUCUGCUGCUGCACAGGAUCAAUCCUCAGAUGAUUUGUGUUAAUGCUGCUGUUGAAACUAGUUGUUUUGAUGUGUCCCCUCUGUUGAGCUUCCAGGAGCCCUGUGCUGUUUCGGGAUGUGUGACGGGUUUUCGGGCUCGGGGAUCGGUUCUUGACUCGAGUCACUGGAUUUGUUCGGUGCCUCAGGAGGCUCGGUGACGACGUUGCCAUGUGCAGCACAGAAACGACUUGAAUGUGACUUUUGCUGUUGGCUGUGUUUCUAUUUCUUUUGAAUGCAACAUGGAUGUAAUGUAUAAAGAAUAUUUGUAUACA